AUGCCGCGGGAGCAACGAACCGUGCGACUGCAACGCAUGACGGCCCAGCCCUUUGGAGUCGAAUUCAAGGGUGAUAAAGAUGCUGUUGUCGUUCGCGUUCGCAAAGGAGAACCCGCUGAUGUAUGUCGCCUGUCCAAGGUUUUAUGCGCGCUUUGUCGUUGCAUUGCCCGCCCGCCCUGUCUGCGCAUUUUGCUCACCCGCUACUCAUUCUCUCAGGUGGCAGGCCUGCGGAUCGGCGAUCGCAUAGUCUUUGUCAACAACCGCAGCGUUGUGGAUUGGCCUCAUCUCACCAUUGUUCGUGAAAUCAAAAACUCUGGUCUCGCUGUUGAUCUCACUGUUGUCAGUGACAUGGAACGCUACAAGGCCAUCUGCGGUUCCCCUUCCGUCGCGCGCCGAACAACGGAAGGCGCUUCAAACUCCAGGCGACCCAGCACCCACAACGCCCAUGCCUCGCCAAAAGUGGAACACCACCCCUCUUCCAGUCAGCUCAUGGCUCAGUCGUUGCAUGGGUCCCCGGUGGCCCGACGCGAUUCCACUUCCGCACAGUCAUCUCGCACCCCGGCGGCGCGUCAUGAGCAUGACUAUCCGCUCACGAUUUACUUGAUUUUCUGCAUCAUCACACUCUUUCUCCCCAAGGUUGCCUUGCUCGGCGUUUGUCCUGCACUCUUACCACCUCAAGGCCAAUGGUCCUUCUUGCACGUAUCCCAUGCCUGCAAUGAAAUUGUGACUGCCCGUGCCAACAGUAGCUACAGCUCUCCCAUGUUCCAGAGCCCUUACGAGUAUUUAACUGAGCAGCUCAUGCGCCAGCCUCUAAUGCACAGCAGCUCAGCACACGGGGAGAGUCCAGCUCGUCUGUAUCGCACAACGCCGGCAGCAGACCUCCACACAUCACAAUUUGUCGUCGUUGUUCGAGCGGAGAGCGAUGAUUACCUGAUCUUCCUCUUUGAUGGUAGCAGUCGCAGCAUUGUUCCGAGCUUAGCGUCAAUGGCGGGCUUGCCUUUUAGUCCUGCCCGUGGCAAUCUAACGGGUGCAACACGAGCCGCCAGUCUCUCCAAUCCGCCGCAAUACCCGGGCAAGCCAGGGGCCACGCCCCACCAUCAGGGCCGCCGUGGGGGAUCGCAAAGUACUCCUUUUGUUCAAGGCGUCAUCUCACCGCAACGCACACACUCGCUAUCCAGCGAUCGUCCGACACCGCCCCCUGGGCCCGUCUUUGACGAUGCCCCGCUGAUGCCUGCAGCCGUUGCCACCCCGGGUCGAUUGGACAAUGCAUCCAUCCUAGCCGAAGCGAGCGACUCUUUUGUUGGCCCUUCAUCACCGCGAUCUGAAGCCACCGUGGCCAUCAACGCGACCCAGCUGCCGACCAGUGCCAGCAAAACAGCAGCCCGUCGUUUGGCACGACGCUCUCAAGCCACGCUCUCGCCGCUCUCAGCGCGCCCUUCUUUGUCAUCAGAACCCGUGGCCCUUGCGGCGGCAGCAGUGGCAGCAGCAUCGAUUAGCAUUCCAGCCAAGUCCGCAGCUGAUCAACCAAUGCAGGCGGACCAAGUGUUUGUUGAUCGCCACAAUGAUCCUGAGGCUUUUUUGGGGGAUGUGGCUGCGUUGGCUCGAGUCGACAUGGCUCGCCGGUAUACCACAUCGCGGAUUGUUUACCGCUUUGGUCACGUUCAACUCAAGCGCUGCGAGGUUAAUCGCCGGUCUGUGUGGGCCCUUUGCUUUGAGCGGGCAAAUCUUCCUUUGUAUCCCUCUAGCACCAUGCCUUCGCGACCCAGCCUCUUGAGCCUUGCUGAGAACGCAGAGGACCUCACUACCGAGGCGCAAGCGUUGUUAACUGGCUUCCAUGGUCUCAGCUUUCUCUAUGUCGCUGGAGCGCCUCUGUUGGGCUUGGAAGCUUAUUUCUUGACCUCGGCAGCGGAUGAUACCUCUCUCUUUGAGAUGCUUAAUGCGCAUCGCCGAGGCACAAGUUCAAGCCUUCUUGAGACAGAGGCCGAGCGGCAUCGACUUUGUUUGGAAAUUGCAGGGGGCGUGAGUACGCUGCAUGAGCUCAAGCUCUUGCAUGGGAGCCUCUCGCCACACUUCAUUGCUAUUGAUGCAGCGGGUGACGCCAAGAUCCUGGGUUAUGCGCUGCCCUAUCUUGCCGUACAAGCCCUGAAUGCGGUCAACGUUGCGCGAUAUGCUGCGCCCGAGGUCUUGACCAACAAGGCCGCUGUGAGCCAAGCUGGCGAUGCCUACAGCUUGGGCGUGAUUAUCGCUGAAGUGGCUUCAGGAGGAGUGCAGCUGUGCCCGGAAGCUGACAGCAUGGACGACUUGGUGCGCAAGAUCUGCGUCCAGGGCGCUUGUCCGGCAAAACCAGCUGGCAUGCCUGACGAACUGGCCAGCAUGUGGGAGCGGGACCCCGAGCUGCGGUGUGGUGCCGACGACUUACAGAUCAUGCUCAUGGAUGCCGAGAGCGAAGAAGACGAAUCCGACGAAGAAACUGCGUUUAACCUCAAGAUGGCCCAGCGAUCGACGAGCUCUCGUGAGCGAGCACAGCGCGGCACCGCUGCCAACUCCGCUUCUGUGAUAAAUUCCUCUGCCUCGCGUCGCGCAUCAAGCUCAUCAAAGCCGCAGCUUGCUCCGGCUAGCAUUGUGCCACACACGCCAGACGCGGAUGCCAUCAUUCUUCGAGGCAUGUCUGCCAUCACCCUCGAGGAGUUGGCCGAACGCCAUCAGACGGUCAAUUCCGAUGAAGAUGUUGCUCACCCUCGCGGCCAACGCGCCUCCGUGUCCUCCCUUGCUUCGUCGCCGCUGCCGCCCUUGGCAUUGGAGCGAGGAAUGCACAGUGGCAAUCGUGCUGGACGAAUGUCGGACUCAGAGCGCCUCGUGAGUCUGAUUCGAAACAAGGAAACUGACGACGUUGAGAGUGAUGAUAGUGAUGAGGAUGAUGCCCCCGGCCUGCUUCCCUCCACCACGGAAGUGCCUUCACGUCCCAUGUCGGAAACUUCCCAAGCCUCCUCGGCUGUGGGCUCGUCCGCUCUCAAGGUGCAAGGCGGUGAUUGGACACCUUUGCCAGUUGUUCUCGAUGAGGAGCCAGAGAAUGAUCCAGUCGUGGAGCACGCAGCAUCCAAGGCAAUCGAUGAGGACGGGUCUGCUUACAUUUCUGAAUCCGACCAGGAAGCACUGGUCAGGACUGUGCAGCAAAACCUGGAUCUUUCAUCUGACCAGCUUGACGAUGUUUACAUUGACGGCAAUGACGUGGAGCCGGGCACUCUGAAUUCCCUGCUAAAUGUGCCGGGGACUCACGCGCAAUCGUCCAGCCUUGCAGAAGAGAUCCACGCGAGCCCUUCAUCAACUGAGAUGGCAGGUGACGUGAGCAUAGAGCGACCCCCUCCUACAGGUCAGGCUCAAACUGUUGCCGAACCGUUCAGAGGCGUUCAACUACCCGAGCAUGCCAAGCAGGAGGCGGCGGGUAGUGCUUCAAAGUCCGAGACACCAAACCAGGCCAAGCCCCAAGAAACAAGCGCGUCAGCCACUGCCGAGGCCAACGUUGCCGAAGAGGAUGACGAUGAUGAUUUUUUUGCGUUGCUAAACAAGCACAAGAACAAGGUCGAAGCUAAAACGCGUGCAUGGCGACCAGAAGACGAGGCUCCCGAAAAUAUGGAUGCAUUUGACGAUCUUGAAGGGCCUGAUCGCUGGGCAAAGCAUUUCAACCUCCUUCUGCUGGAUGACGAAGGAUUUACCUUGUUCCUUGAUUUUAUGAAAACCAUCCACUGCGAAGAAAAUGGUCGAUUCUUCCGGGACGUGGAAGCAAUGCGCAAGCUGCCCGAAUCCCAAGCACAAGCGGAUAUCGAGCGCAUUUACAACCAGUAUUUUGUGGCUGGCUCAAGACAAUCACUCAAUGUGGAGCCCGGCAACUUGGCUUCCGUUCAGGCCGGAAUGAAGCAAACCCCAAAACCAACCUCAACAUUUUCAGCAGCCCAGAAGGAAGUGUACUGGCUUAUGCGUCGGGACACUUAUCCACGCUUCCUUGACUCCAAACUGUUCAAGAAAGCUGCGUCCAAGUGGAAGAAAAACCAAGGCAAAGCCACUAAGAAAACGAAAAAGGAUUCGAAAGGAAAUAAGGAUCCCAAGCCCACAAGCUCCGAAGCACCCAUCUUGCCAGGCACCGAUUGCCCUCCGGUCGAUGCUAGCCACCAGGUGGAGCAUCAGGUCCCUGGAAGCAGCGGCUCUCAGGACCCAAAUGGUGCCAAUGACAUGAGCGAGAGCAAGCGUAGUGUGAAAGUCGAACCUCUUGAUGAGGGUAAGGAAGAAGUUUUUGAAACGGAACUACCCACGGCACCCCCGCCUCUCAGUCCGCGCGAGGAGCGUCGGAGCACACGUAUUAUGCGACGCCUGACCUUUUGGGGCCGUAAAGGCAAAGAUGGCAAGAGCACCGGUGAACCGGGCUCAGGAAGCCAGGAGCAUCUGAACGAUCUUGGCGACGCCAGCCGAACACCGCCCUUUACCACAGACGUGGACACAGAUGACGAUGAGCAGGAGCCAGCGCGCGAACGCAAUCGCGUUCGGGAUCGAUCUGCGUCAGGCGGGAGCUCGUUGCGCCCCCCACAACGGAGGUUAUUUCAGGUGUUGUUCCCCAAUGGCUCCUCGUCACAGGUCUCGGUUCUUCCGGGACUGGACCUGCAAGCAGUACUACGAGACGCUUUUGUGCGUCAUGGCAUUUCGUUGGAUUCGCACCGCGUGGUUGUGGCCGCCAAUGCAGGUGAAUUGGAGGUGGCGCUGGAUCGCGAUAGUUCCGACUUUGAAGGACUGGAACUUCGAGUGCAGAACGUGGACGAGGAGCCAGAGGCUGAGCAAACCAAAAUAUCCUAUGUGCGAAGCGUCUCCAGUGGGUCAGCCCACAGUGUUGAUGCUGAGGUGUCAUUUGUGUGA